AUGGUCUCCGCUUCGGUCAGUGCCUAUACUGCGCCAGCACUUAUGACCGUUGGUCUUCUUACUGAUUAUUGGAUAUAUGGAAAUCAAACAAGAUUAUCACAAAAUCCAGUAGUAAAAAUAGGCGAUAUACGAAGUUUAAAUUAUACAUAUCAUCGAAUUGGUCUUUGGCGCGAAUGUAUGAAAGAGAGUUAUGACGCUCCAUAUACCUGUGAUAUUGUUAAAUAUUCCAAAGCUGAGGCAAAAUUAGAAAAAGGUUUUAAAGCUGUAUCAUAUCGAUCAGCACCAAGUAUGGCUUGUUUUACAGCUGCAUCUGCUCUUUUAAUUAUUGCCAUUUUUUUAUUUACACGUGGUCUUUGCAAACGACGUCGAAAGGCUGUUUUCUUCAUCUCAGGACUUUUAUUUUCUAUCUCAGGUUUACUUACAAUGGUUGGUGUUACAUUAUAUGUUUCAAUUACAACUGAAGAAUCAGUUAAAAUCGAUCAAGAUGCUAAGGUGAUGUUAUGUUCCUAUGGAUAUUCAUUUCUUUGUGCAGUUUUUUCAUUUGUUCUACAAGAAUUAACUGGUGUUUUAACUGUUUAUUGGUUUAUAUAUCGUUUUCGUGCACUUGUACGAAAACAAGAAAAACUACGCUUACGUACUCGUCAAUUAAUGGGAAAUUGUUUAUCAAUGACAACUGCUUUACCAUUAAAUCUUGCUGCACAUGACACAAAUAAUACCAAUAAUAAUAAUAAUAAUAAUAAUACAAAAUCGAUGUCGAAUCGUUCGAAUUAUCAAUUAAAUCAAAAUCAUUAUUCUACUUCAAAUAAUCAACGUUAUCAGUAUGCGAUCGGUAAUGCUGCUACACCAGAUUCUUCAACACCUAAACAACAAAGAGUUCUAGAAAGACGACGUAUACCAUUUGAUAAAUCUGUACCAAUAUCAUCUCAACAUGUUGAUAAAAUACCUUAUUCAAUAAUUCCACCCCGAUCACCAACACUUCUCUACGGAGAUUAUUGUCGUGUAUUAAUUCGUCCAGAAGAUAUGGAUUUACUUACACAAAUGGUUAAAUCAAAAUCUCAAGCACAAUUAUUAGCUAAUUCAAGACCAACAACACCAGCGCCACCAAUAAGAAUUAUUAAACUUCUACCGAACUCACAUCCAAAUAGACAAAUACCCAAUAAUAUAGCAAAACGAAGUAUACGAAAAGGCAUCAAACGGACUACAUCUGUUUAA